AUGGCCACUACAAUUGACGAGAUCAGCUACAAGAUUAGCGACGACGUUGCUACCAGCGUCGUCCCUGCUGACAAGAUUGACGAGACGUUCCGUUCGACAUGCAUUGACCUCAUCUCGGCUACUCUGGGCGGUAAGAUUCUUGCCUUUUCAGACCAGUGGUUCGCAGAAGCGUCCAAUCUUCUGACUCCUACCGCACCGAUUUCGCAGCCCGGCAAGAUGGUCUUCACCGGUGCCUGGUACGACGGCUGGGAGACGCGCCGUCACAACCAGGAGCCCUUUGACUGGGUGGUGAUUCGGCUGGGCGUCGCGUCGGGCACCGUCGAGGGCAUCGAGGUGGACACGGCCUUCUUCACCGGCAACUACGCGCCCUUUAUCUCGGUCGAGGGCUGCUUCAGCGACAACGACGACGAGGUGGCGUCGUGGCAGGGCGCGCGCGGCGGGUGGUCGACGAUUGUGGGCAUCCGCGAGUGCGGCCCCUCGGCGCGCUUCUCGUGGAAGCUCGACGCCCCGACGCAGAAGCAGUACACGCACGUGCGCCUCAACAUGUACGCCGACGGCGGCAUCGCCCGCUUCCGCCUCUUUGGCCACGCCGUGCCCGUGUUCCCGGCCGACCCCGACGCCGUGCUGGACCUCGCGGCCGCGCAAAACGGCGCCGUCGCUGUGUCCUGCAGCGACCAGCACUUUGGCACCAAGGACAACCUGCUGCUGCCCGGUCGCGGCAAAGACAUGGGCGACGGCUGGGAGACGAAGCGCUCCCGCGGCAAGGACCACAUCGACUGGACCAUUGUGAAGCUCGGCGCUCCCGGCCGCAUCGACAAGUUCGUCGUCGACACGGCGCACUUUCGCGGCAACUUUCCCCAAAAGGUCCGCCUCGAGGCCAUCCACGCCGCCACUGCCAGCCCGGCUGCCGACGACGCCGGCUGGAAGGAGGUGGUCCCGCCGACCAAGGCCAAGGCGGACCUGGAACACGAGUUUGCCUCUGCUGACACCAACAGCGUCUUUACUCACGUCAAGCUCGUCAUGAUUCCCGAUGGCGGCGUCAAGCGCGUGCGCGCGUUUGGCCGCAGAGCCAUCUAG